AUGGACGACGCUCGUAUUGGCCUGACCGACGUAGAAUCCCAAGUUGAAGACAGCGCUAGCACUGGUCCAGGUGAUUUGGACCAAUCGGUCGAUGAGACCAUCAGUCGACUCAAAUCCACCCUUGGAGUGCAACAAGUGGAAUAUCACUGUUCGAAAGUCAUUGGUAAGGGACCAGGGGUUAAGGCGAGCCAAUCUGAAUUCGAGGAAGAGAAACGAACCAAAAACCCCCGCCAACAUGAGUGUUACGGCCUGGUUGGCAAGUUCUCCAUAGUGAAUGAAUGCAGUAGGGGGGCUCGUCAAGGCAGGCUGGAGAAACGAAUUCGUCGUCAACGUCCCAUCACUUCUGGACCAGAAUCACAAGAAGCGGAGAAGAAGCCAAACGGCGAGGGAGCACCCAAGGAUGACGAGGUAGAGUGGCCAGACCCUACCGAGGAGUUUGUACAGGCGAUAGAUGAAAAACGCCUGCACACAAGCGCCAACGAUGGAGGUGGUCAACGGCUCGGUAGCUUGCCAAGUCGGGUUAUCCUCCACCAGGGACAUGUAGUGACCGAACUUUGUGAUGAACUUGUCCCACACGAUGAGGAACGAUUGUACGGUUUUCCCACUAAAACAUGGAGGAGCUGCGGUCAGCAGGAUGUGGGGGAGCGUUAUCUUGCACUCUGUGAAAAGCAAAAGAGAUCGUCAAGGGUCGUGUCUUCGACCAACAGCGUCUGCACCUACCAUGACCCACAGGAUCCCUUGGAGAAGAAACCCAGGGAGAUCACACCCACCGAGCCAUGGGCCCAUAUUGAGCAGCCUAUCAUGUCGGCUGACCACUGGGCAUCAGCGAAAAUCUGGGGCGAAUUCUUCGCACAAGCCCAGCAGUUCCACCCACAAACCCUUGCCAGUACUUUGGGACGUCGAUUGUCGCUCUCGUGGUGUCGAGAAAAGGCUUCCAGGGCCGAGGAGUGGCAAGAGACAGAUAGGACAUAUGCUUACUUCGACAGGUGGAGGACUGCAGUCCCCGUUGCAGGCGUAGAUUUCGGGGCCCUCCGCUAG